AGUAACGGGGCUGUGCAGCCGGGUGAAACUCCAGUGUAUUGUGCUCCUCCUUCUUCUACCUCUAGCUACGAGAAAGAGCUGCAACAAUACGAUCGAAAGGAAUAAAUAGCAUGUAGAAAUGUCCAUGUUUUUUAGUCCGUCUUUUAACUUUAUGUCUCGGAAGUUCCAGCAAAAUAUUUGUACUGAGUAUCUGUCGAUUACCACUUAUGCAGAUCAUCCAUGGUGUCACGAAGGAAUUUCUCAACAGCUGGAGAUGAUCCAUUCAGUUCUAGUUCUCUGCCUUUAGUUGAUUUGAUGUCAGCCUCUCCUCUACCUUCAUCUUCGAAGAUCAACAACUUUGAUGUUGACAUAGGGGACUCGCAGGACUUUGUGGGUGAGAGGGAAAGAGAUAUUGAGCACUCUAAAAGGGACAUGUUUGUUCCCAUCUUGCAGGAACUGUAUCAGGAUAAGGUUGAAUCUGCCAUCAAGCUGCGUGGAUUACUCUCACCAUUUACUCUUACUGGGAUCGAUGUCAUUGAUCUAAAUCAGUCUUACAAGGACAGACUUGGUGGUUUUCCGAAGUACUCCCUCCGUCCCAUAAUGUGACACUACAAUAGUGUCAAAAAGCGUCUUACAUUAUGGGACGGAGGGAGUAUAUGACUACGCUUGAUCUUAUGGUUAUUCUUAGUAACAUGUCUGAAAUCCAUUGGUCUCAUUAUCUGGAUAGCCUAUCUCACAUGAAGGUCCUUAUCCUAGAAGAUUGGAGCAAGAGUCUUGGAAUUGCUUCAUCCCCCCUGUUUCAUGACCAUGGCAUGAUCUUUCCAUCUCCUGAGGGAGAUACAAGGCUGCGUUUUAAGGGGGAAUGUGAUGCAUCAGUUAAAGGGAAUUUGCCAGCAUAAGCUUCUUGAUCUCGCAUGCGACACAGGUGUACAAGGCACAGGUGUACCAUGGUAUUCCUUGCAGGAAAAAUGAUUCAUGAGAAGCCGAAGCCUGAGCGAUGUUCUUGCUUCUGAAGUGAGUCUGGGAGCUUGGCUUACAUGUGCACAUUGUAGAGGCAAGAACAGACAAUAAACUUGUGUAUGAAAUCCUGACUAGUAUCCAUGAAAUCAAAGAAGGAAAGUACAAAGAGGUAUUCAUGCUACUGCGGCGUAUGAGCAGUCGAUUUUUGUUCCUUGUGCCAAUUUGGAUGCCAAGAGAGAAGUUGAUAUUCGCUGAUGGACUACUGCGAGUGCCUCUUACUAAAGCAGACAAAAUGAGUAAUGACUUUCAGCUUUCUAAGAUGCGGGAGGGUUGGGUUCCUUUCCUCCAAGGUUGUCCGCGGUUCAUCACCCGCGACCACCCCAGCAACCUUCCGAUCGACUUAGGGAAGAGAGGAGGCCCAGUUAAGAACACGCAUGAGUGUUGCUAUGUUCAAGUUGAAGAGGAUAGGAAGGUUGAUGCCAUUUGGCACGUUUCAGCCGCGCUUAGACCUGGGAAGAUAAUCUUUGUUGCUUUCGAAGAGAGUAAAUUAAAUCUCAGUCUGAGAGAUGAGUUAUCAAAAUUCUUUAUAGAUGGUGUGGGAGAUUGCUCAGUCAACUCGGAUUACUCUUUGUUGAGUGUGAGGGACUCUAGAAUGACCAGCAACAAACCAUCACAGAAAGUUCUUUAUGUUAUUCUUGACGCAACUAUCUCACCAAAGCCAUUUAAGUACAAGGACACAUUUCUUGUGUACAUUUUGACACAAGAUGAGGAAAAACUGAUGUACCUACACAGAACAUCCCGAAAUUCAGUCCAUUGAGCUUUGUCUCGUUCCACUAUAUGGUAAGUUCCUAUGACCAAACCACAGUACCUACUCUUGUGCUGCGACCACUUAAUGCGUCACAUUUUAUUUUGGACUGUACUGUGGACAACGUUUGAUAUAUCCAAAUAGUUCCCCGGUUCAUGCAAUGUAGAUAUCCAAGGUGAAUUACUUAGUCC